CUUGAGGAUCGGUCCGCGGCUGACCCCGCGACUCCGUGACCACUCCUGCGUGUCCGAUGGCUAUCCACGCCACUUGAUAAUAUCGACACUGCCACAAAAAUUGUGAAAUCUCCGGUGUUUUUGAGGCGGACUCAAGGGCUCGUUUUCUCUUCAUGCAGUUUUUCCUCAUUUGUGUUUCUUAAGGUGAGGGGAGCGAAUGGAAUGGACAACAUGAAGGUUUUAUGCAGCUGUCUAUGGGUGAUGUGUUGUAUUCUUCCCUGUUUAUGCGGUGAUCAUCCGGAUGGUGAAAGUGAAGUGCAUCGUUCUCAAGAUGCUCUUGGCAACUAUCGUUUCAGUUACAGCGUAGCCAAUAAUGAAGGAGAGCACUUCCGCGAGGAAGGUACAGAUGCCCUGGGCAGAGUCGUCGGCUCGUACGGGCUAAAGCAUGUAGACGGAACUCAUCGAGUAGUUGACUACAUCGCAGAUAAAGGAGGUUUCAGAGCAGCCAUUCGAACCAACGAGCCAGGCGUUAUUAGCUCUGAAGCAGCAGAUGCUACCAUUUUAAAAGCGGAUCCCAACGCUCCUUUAACCGUUGCUGCCACUUCUGACGAUCAGUCUAGGCAAGUAUUUGGCAGGAGGAUAGAUGCCGGAGUUUCAAAAGUGUCAUAUGUAGAUGAAGAUAAUGAAGCGAAACGUGAGAAUGACGAAUCUGUAAGAGAGUCUAGGCAAAGGAAUUUUGAUGACUAUAGACCUCUUAGUCCUGUUGCCUAUUACCCAACCGAUAUAAUAAGAAGUCCUGUAAGUCCCUCUGAUAAUAAGCCAGUUGAUCCUGUAAGGUCUCCUAGAGUUUUGACACAAAACUCUGAAGCCGAUUCCAAGCCUGUGGAUGUAUACUUUCCUCCAAUAGAUCCACACACGGCCAUUCGAAGACCUCCAUAUUAUUUACCAAGAGACAGAUCAACAGAAGGCAACUUCUAUCCCACUUCAACAUCUCGCAAACCAUAUAUACCACCCUACGGUGGAUUCGAUGAUGAUGAUCUUCCACCUCCACCAACAGACAGACGGCCGGGAGUGCCAAUACAUAGAGAUUUAGGCCCAAUUCUUCCCAUAUCAACACCUUCUCCCAUAUCUUCUCAGGGUGCCAGAAGAUUUCCUCCUUCUCUACAUCCAGAAAAUAGAAAUUUUGAUUUGCCUCGUUUCCCUCCUAGUUCUAAUUACCCUAGCCCUCCGAAUAGUGCUUUGCCAAACUUUCCAACUGAUCAUCGCAAUAUUCCUCCUGAAACUCUGUACAAUCCGCCAUCUUAUGAUGGAAGGAUUGGAACUCCAAACUUUGUCUUGCGAGCUGUUCCUAUUCCAAAUGGUAUUCAAGCAGUUAAAGUUGAUCCAAGCACUGGCAGAGUCUACGAGAGGCUGGUAUACCCCCUGUUCAUAAGGCACGAUGGUCAACCCGAUUAUGACAGAAAUAUUCUUCUUCACAAUGAUGAUGUUAGCGAUGAGGGGUCAAUUAGAUACGGUGAUCCUGGAUAUUUGGACAUGCCUUAUCGCAGACCACCGUAUAGAGGUGCACGAAAUCAGCCGACAGAUAACGAAGAUGGGAAUCGAUAUGGGAAUAGACAGUACAAUAGAAGUUAUAAUAUUGAUGAGCACAGUCUUAGCGAGCCAUCAGCUGCUGAUGUCGAUUGGGUUAAAAAGCAAUUAGCUUUGGUCGAAGGAUUUAACGGUGAUCAGUUUUUCAAUAAACUAUUGUCACAAAGAUUUUCUGAUCACGAUUCCAACUUUCCAGGAAAUGAUCAUUUUGAUGAUGAAGAUAGACAGCAGUAUGACAGGAGAAUUCCAGGAUCACGAAUCAGGGCCACGUCCGACCUAAUAAGGGGUUCUAGUGAAGAAGAAUUAGCUCGUGAGACAAGGAGUAAAGAUGAUUUAGCUUCAGAAAGUUCCAAAACAAUUUUUUCGAAAGUAUUGCCAGAAGACGGUUCGCAAAUACUAGAAGAUGUCAAAAAAAGUAUAAAUUAAAAAAAAAAUUGACUAAAGCUGGUUAAUCACUGCCUGCUUAGCUUAGAGCGUUUGUGUGAUUGGACUGGUUAAUUUUAUUUGCUGAAGACACUGUAGUUGAAAUACUGUAAUCAAUUCAAGCAUUAGUGUUUUGAACAUAUUAGAUGUUCAAAAGAAUACGGACUUUUUUAAUACUGAUUAAAUGAAUAUAAUAAUAACAUGCCACUAAUAAGGAUUAAAUGAAGUACUCAGUCAACAAAAACUUUAUACUUUUCCUUCUUUUUGAUGUAAGUCUGAUGAGAUUAUGUAUUUAAAAUGUAAAAAUGAAGACUAUUUAGCUUAUGUAUAUUUUGUUAAAAGUUGUAAAGCGUUUUAAAUCUGGUCUAAUGUGUGAUGGAUUUGUUUCAAUGUAUUUAUCUAAGUCGUAAUAAAAAUAAUUGGGUGUCUAACA